UGGUGCUGGUGCUGGUGCUGGUGCUGGUGCUGAUGCUGGUGCCUGUGUCGGUGGUUCGGGCACGUCGGCAUGCUAGAUGCACGCGGUGGCCUAAAAGCCUUCGCUCCUUGAAAAAUGAACUCCAUGAUAUAUACCCUCUACGGAUUUGCGAUAUUCUUCAUGGUAUUCUGGUCGGGUAUGUGGGUGGUGCACGUGCUGGCGUUGAUCGCCGGUCGCUGGAAGCUGCAUCGAAAGAUAAAUCAAGCGCCGAGCUAUGAGACCCCAUUGCCGGGGGUGUCCGUGAUAAAGCCCCUCAUGGGAGUCGAUCCGAAUCUGUUCGGCAAUCUCGAAACCUUCUUCGUCAUGGAGUAUCCCCGAUACGAACUCCUGUUCUGCGUCGAGGAUGACUCCGAUCCCGUGCUGAUGUUGGUACGCAAGCUCAUCGAAAAGUACCCGGAAGUCGAGGCUACCCUCUUCGUCGGCGGUUGUAAGGUGGGAGUGAAUCCAAAGAUCAACAACAUGCAGCCGGCGUACGAAGCCGCCAAGUACGAGCUCGUGCUAAUCAGCGACAGCGGUAUACGCAUGAAGGAGGACACUCUGUUGGACAUGGUUCAUUACAUGACGGACAAGGUGGCUCUUGUUCAUCAGAUGCCGUUCACCUACGACCGCGAAGGCUUUGCCGCCGCGUACGAAAAGAUCUUCUUCGGUACCGUGCAAUCGCGAAUGUAUCUGGCCGCGGACAUGCUCAGAAUAAACUGUCACACCGGCAUGUCGGCUCUCCUGAGGAAGUCCACGUUGGACGAGGUUGGUGGUCUGAAAGCGUUCGGCAUCUAUCUCGCGGAGGACUUUUUUUACGCCAAAUCGUUGACCGACCGCGGUUGGCGCAUCACCGUUUCCUCGCAGCCGGCUCUACAGAACAGCGGCCACUGCGCGCUCGAUUCUUUCCAGGCGCGACUACGGCGUUGGGCGAAACUCAGGGUGGCGAUGCUGCCCACCACCAUCGUCCUCGAGCCGCUGAGCGAGUGUCUCGUUCUCGGCGGAUUCGCUUCCUGGGCGGCUAGCGUGUUGUUCGAGUGGGACUCUCUAGUUUUCUAUCUGGUACACAUACUCUUGUGGUUUAUGUUCGACUGGACGCUACUGUGCAUAGUGCAGAACGGUCCGCUGCCUUUCAACAAACUCGAAUUUGUGUGUGGUUGGUUGCUCAGCGAGAUCACGAGACCGUAUCUUUUCCUUCAGGCUGUCCUGGAUCCUCUCAUACAGUGGCGCUCACGUGUUUACAAACUCAAAUGGGGUGGUAUCGCGGAGGAAGUUAAGGCGAAAGUCAAAUAUUAAAAAUUCAUCACAUGCGUGAAUGCGUAAUUGCGUGAAUGCGUGCGUAUGACAUAUUAAACUAGACGGGAAAACAAUUUAACUGAUAAAUGCUCCUACGUAUAAGGUGUUCCAAUCAUCGCUCCUUUUUCUUCUCAGCGUUCUCUGUCUCUCUCUCUCUCUCUCUCUCUCUCUCUCUCUCUCUCUC